AUGACAGCCUCAUCUAACAAAUCCAACGAUGCCAUCGUCAUAGAACUGUCGCCCCAAGGGUCCGAGACCAACCAGUCCUCUGACUUCAAGGCCGAGGUUGAGCACGAAGAGGAGCACCACCACGAAAAGCGUAUUGAAUUGGUUCACCACGACUUGAAAGAGUUAGAAAACUCUGGCUUGUGGUACCACAAGAGAAUCAUCCCCGGCAUCCCACCUUACUCUAACUCCUUCGUUCAGAUCAUCGUCAUGUCGUUCGUUAUCUUCUUGACCCCAGGUUGUUUCAACGCCAUCACCGGUAUUGGUAACUCUGGUAUCUCCGAUCCCAAGGUCGCUGACAAUGCCAACGUCGCCUUGUAUUCCUGUUUCGCCACCAUCGGUGCUUUUGGUGGUGUUAUCUGUAACACUAUCGGUGUUAAAGCCUGUCUCAUGUUUGGUGGUACUGGUUACUUCAUGUACACCGCAUCGCUUUUGGUCUUCCGUGAGACUAGUAACAAAGGUUUCCCUGUUUUCGCUGGUGCCUACUUGGGUGUCUGUGCUGCCUUGACCUGGGCUGCUCAGGGUUCCAUUGUCAUGUCUUAUGCUCUUGAACACAGAAAGGCCACUGCUAUCAUGGUUUACUGGGUCAUUUUCAACUUUGGUGCCGUCAUUGGCUCUAUCAUUCCUUUAGCCCAGAACAUGACUUCCGGUGAGGAGCACGUCAACGCUGGCACGUACGUUGCUUUCAUGGUCUUGAUGGCUGCUGGUGUCGUUUUGGCUGGAUUCAUGCUUCCAAUGGACAAGGUCUACAAGGCCGAUGGUACCAAGGUGAUUGCCAAGAGGUACCCAAAGAUCACUCACGAGCUCAAGGGUAUGUGGAAGGUUUUGAAGACUGACUUGAAGAUCUACUUCAUGUUCCCCAUGUUCUGUGCUUCCAACUGGUUCUACACCUACCAAUUCAACAACUUUAAUGCCGCACGUUUCAACGUCAGAACCAGAUCUUUGAACGGUUUGCUUUACUGGCUCACCCAGAUGGUUGGUGCUAUUGUGAUUGGUUUCUUGUUGGACUGGAAGAGAUUCAACAGACCUAACCGUGCCAGAAUUGGCUGGACUGUCAUUUUCCUCUUUGGCAUGGCUACCUGGGGUGGUGGUUUGAAGUUCCAGUUGGGUGUCACCAGAGACAACGUCGACGACGAGCCUCUCAUUGACUUCCACGACAGCUACUACAUUGGCCCUAUGUUCUUGUACAUGUGCUACGGAGCUUUCGAUGCCAUUUACCAGGCCUACAUUUUCUGGAUCUUGGGAACUUUCUCUAACAACCCAAAGAAGGUCGCCUUGUACGCUUCUUUCUACAAGUCUUUGCAGAGUGCUUUCAACGCUGUCGUCUGGAGAUUGGAUGCCCAGAAGACCCCCUUCAUGCACAUGUUCGCCAGUUCCUGGAUUUUGGUUGGUGCAUCGAUGCUUUUUGCUGCUCCCUGCUGUUUCUUCAAAAUCACUGAACACACUGAGGCCGAAGACGACGACAUCGAUGACAUCAUGGACGAGGAGGAGAUCACCUCAGCUCAGACCAACGAGGACACCAAGAAUGCCAAAGAGGCCUAA